UAGUACCGUGGACGUGGUGACCCGUCUACGGCAUUUCAAGUCUCGUGUCGCAAACAGCUCCGCUGUGCAGCCGACUAUCCUAUUGAGCUCCCUUCUCCUAGGACACUUCUCUAUUCUUUUACUAUCACGCUUCACAUCUCACACCUCACGCCUCACGCUUCACCUCUCACCUCUUUCCGGGACGAAGGUCACCUUCCAAGCUAUUAAUCGACUCUUGCUGCUAACGUUGAGCACCCUCUGUCUGGCCUAUACACUCAUACUAUACUUCUUGCUCAGUCUAUACCUUGAAAGUGUAUCACCCGACCAACGUCUCCGCAUAUCAUACUCAAAGCUGUACACAUGGAAGUCCUAGCCUGUCCACGGUAGCAGAGGCUCGCGCUUGAUUCCCGAUGGCUUUCCUGCUUUCAUUUUCCUCCAGCAUAGUCAAGCGCCUCUUGUUGUUCUCACUAGCUCGUCUGGAUAUACUGGACAAGGAUCCCUCUGACUUUGUCGAUGUCUCGGUCGGCAAGAAGUCAACCCUUGAGCUUAGAGAUGUCGGCCUCCGUAUCGAUCGACUCACCUCUAUUCUCCACCUUGACCUUCCGCCUCAGCUGCGUCUUACGAGUGCUAAAGUCUCCGUCCUUCGUUUGACACUUACCUUAGACCCAAGCAACCCAGGCAUACGGAUAGAAGUAGACGGCAUUCGGUUGAAUAUAGUACUAGAUUCGGGCAGUGGACAUGAUCCCUCUGAGCAACGACCGUCAAGUCCCUAUAGAACACGGAAAGACCGUGAAGGCAAAGAGCCAGGAGAGAACAUCCCUUCAGCAGAAGACUUGGCCAAAUCCUUUCUUCAAGAAGAGCCUGCGCGGGAACGACAACAACUCGAAGAAGCUUUCCACUCCCAGUCUCAAUAUGUCCACGAAGCGCAAGACUUGAGUGACGAAGAUGACGAGGCAGAUGUUGGCAUGGGUACUGCCCCGUCACUCCCUGGCUUUUUUGAGAACUUCAUUCGCGGCGCUCUUGACCGCUGUGAGGUCGUCAUAAGUGGCAUUGAUAUAAGACUCGACGCGGAAAUACCACCGCAAGACAAGAGGACGACAACUGGCGAGGCUGCGGACAUUUCAAUGAAUUUUUGGAUCCAGCGCGCCAUCGUAGACGGACUUGCAUCGCCAGCCCCUGAGCUUGUGGUAGCAUCCAAUCGUAGUCAAGCACCAGGAGAAGGUGUAAGAGAUGGACAAAGGCGUAUAUCGCUUCAAAAUAUCGGUGCCGAAAUCAUAUCUACUCCUGAACUUUUCGCAAGCUUGUCAAGGUACUCACGGCCUUCUUCUCCUGGUGAUACUAGAUCGAAUGUGUCGGGCCACAGCAGACGUACAACCGGAUCGACUACUUCAAGCUCAUCAAACUCACAAUCUGUAACAUCACAAAGCACAAAGAGCCCCUUGUCGGAAUCCAUACCCUCCAGUCCUCAGCCAGAAAGCCCAAUAAUCCAUAGAGAUCGUGUAGAGCUGCCCCUCGUUCACUCCGACCUCGAGGCAUCACAGGCCACAAACGAAGAUGAUCGUUUUGCGGACGCUGCCUCUGAUUAUGACCCAAGCAUAUCGGUUACGGAUAUACGUCCCUUAGUGCGCGAUCCCCAAGUCUCUCAAGUCCCCUUUGAGGAAGACGAGGGGGAAAGCAUAUUACAAGACCGCAGUUUCCUAAUGUAUGCCAUGAACAACGGAAUGUGGGACUCGAGGAUUGAUAGCGGAGAUACUGGUGUGGGUUCAUCGCUUCUCGAGGACAGCGUAGGUAGUGUGGGCGACGAAUUGUUCCCUAGAGGCCAAACAUAUCUACCUCCAUCUACAAGCUCCGACGCAGGCAGUGCACCCUCCAUACACCCCUUAGAUAGCUCGGUACCUGAGCUUGGUGAAGAUCUGGAUGAUUUAACGAAGCAGCAUGUAACCACGGACAACAAAGCUCAUGCUCUAGAGGUUGCCGGACAGAAAUAUAUGAUUCCUCAGGACGAAGCAAUACCUAAUGAAACAUCACCACCAAUUGAGGACCUAAGCCAAUCACGAAUAUACGACCAUGAUGAUGCUGAGAGCAUGUACAUGAGUGCGUAUAGCGAGGCUCCUUCAAUAUCCCGGGGCCAUCAUAUUCCUGGUGGUUGGGAAUCAGAAACCGCAAGCAGUGACAGUGGUGUCAUGGAAGCACUGACACGGCAGGACGAUGCCACUGAAGUUGACGAAGCCUACACCGCCACGCCUCGCUCAGCAAGUCGUGCUAGCACACCGAAGCCAUCACCCAGUCAACCCCUGGAUACUACGCCUACCCCUGGCUCUCCAUCCUCGGUCCAAGGCGAGGAGCUUCUCGGGCGAGUCACGAAACCGCUGCUACAUAUAGACAAUAUUGCUGUGUGGUUUCCUUGGCCCAGCAAUAAUCAAGCUUCACCCGACGACAGAGCGAGUCAUGACGACUUAGUCCAGUCGACUGUCUUUGGAGAAGAGACCAUGCAUCAAGAUAUGCCAGGUGCGUAUUCGACGUAUGUCGAUUCGCAAACCACGAGUCACAAACGUACGCCAAGUCCAUCAAGCAUGCGGUCCAGACCUGAUCCGGCACAUAUGCCCUCUUCACAGAUAGAUGGCAACACUAAGAAAAUAACUCCGCCUCUUCGAUUCGAUUUCGAGAUUGGCGUCGUACAGACACAUGUUGACCUCACAGUAGGACAGCUCCUAAUCCAGGCUGCACAAUUUUUGCAGAAGACAUUUGACGAUUUCGCGAAAGACAAACCAACUGUGAAGAAAUCGGAAGAGAAACGCGAAUAUGACGAACAGCGAGCUGUUGACUAUAAGGUGUCAAUCAAUGAGAUCUCUAUUCACUGGCUCGAGAACAUACCAACUUCCAGUUUCUCGCGAGCACAGUCAGUAGCCAAAAAUCACGACUUGGAUUCUCACACUCAUGACAUCAUUCUCCAACUACGAUUAAGUGGAACGCGUUCUGAUAUCUCGAUCAGCUCGGUCCAGACCAAGAUCAAAUUCGCGGUUUACCGCAUGGCGUUUGGACUUCAAAAUGAGGACAUAAUUGCCUUCGACGACUCCGCUAAGCUGAGACCGUUCGUCAAAGGAAUGAAGGAUCCAGGCUCCGACAUCACGAUCGAAUACCUGUCAACUAACGCUUCAUCGAGAUUGGAUGUGUUCACAUUACCAGUGCGCAUAAGCCUGAAUACUCAGAAGCUCGAUGACGCUUUCACGUCUUUCGGUGGCUUUAGUGGGAUGUUAGAGUUGGGCAAUUCUAUGAGUUCGAAUAGUACUAUUCAGCCUCGCCACGCCCCUCCAGUCUCUCGUCCAAGGGGUGUACAUUUUUCUCGUGUCCCUCCUGCGCCUGCUACUGAUCUCGGAUUGACCUUGAAAAUCAAUGCACGCAUUGGAGGGGCGACAUGUGUCCUCAAAGGCAAGAGCUGUGCUGUACAAGCUAGAACCACUGCCAUCAAGGUAGUUGGCCGUAGCCCAGGUUUCAAAAUCCAUAUUGAUCAGAUCAAAAUAACGGGACCUCACGUGGACAAGACUGACGAUGCCACUGCAUCGCUGGCUUUGUCUGCGAAUGGCACCCGUAUUGACUUCCUCUUCAUGCCGGAAGAAACAGAUUUGACACGGCUCUUAACCCUCCUUACGCCUUCGAAAGACAAAUACGAAGACGACGAUGACAUUCUUGUGGAUGCAUUAUUGAGACAGCGCCAGAAAGGCUCCAUUCUUCGUCUUACGUUGGAUUCCGCCAAAAUCGACGUCAAUGAUUCGGGUGAUUUGCAAGUUUUGGCUGGAUUGGGCGAAGAGCUCUCGAAACUCUCCACUGUUACAAAGUACCUCCCAGAAGAUGAUCGACCUGGUCUACUUACACUUGCAUACGUCAAACAGUUCGAUUCUAGUGUGUAUGUAAACGAAAAUAUCGGCGUCCUAUUCCUCGCGACUCGCGGGACUCGUGUGGCUCAUGUUGGCUGGCCUGCACUAUUGGCCGUGGAAGUUGCCGGAAUAACUGCAAGGCGUGGGGAGGAUGAGAUUCUCAUCCAUGAGAUCAUGGAGCAUGGCCCACUUGAUGACUUGCCUAUGAUUAUGGCUCGCAAGGUUGGCGACGAAGUGGAACCGACUGUCAAAGUGAAACUGCACAAUGUUUGUAUUGAGUACCGGGUAUCGACGAUAAUGUCACUCUUGGCCCUAAAGGAUGGCGCCUCUGCAGAAGAUAUAGCCACGGGUCUCGCGGAAUCAGUUGCAACCAUCACCAGCCCGGAGUACCCAGCGACGCUAACGCGCCAAUCCUCCACAGCGAGUGUCAACUCUGGAUUGCCUUCGAGACAAGUCAAACUGGAUCUACUUUUGCGAGACUCGGCGAUUGGACUGAAUCCCAGGGAUGCAUCAUCGAAAGCUCUGGUCGUAUUCACAGAAACCAGAUUUACAGGGAUCCCUCCAAAAGAUGGUCGACUCUCCGCGAGGCUCGAAUUGAGGAAAGCUUCUCUACUGCUCAUUGAUGACAACACACGUUUCAAUCCAGCGUUCGAAAUCGAAGGACAUACACCACCUAGGUACACAUCCUUAGGCAGUAAGCAAGUCACUGAGCUAUGCAGUCGUGGAUUCGUGUCUGUAAGCACUAUUUCAAGCGCUUUCGCUGAAGUCAAUAUCACUGGCCUGCAGAAUUCUGGCUCGCAAGAAGUCAGCGUUGACUUCAGAGACGACUUGUUCCUGAUGCAGACUUGCGCAGAUUCCACACAAACGCUAAUCUCACUUCUAAGCGGCCUUGCGCCCCCUCUGCCCCCAAGUAAAGAGCUGCAGUAUCGUACGCAGGUAGUGCCAAUGGACGAUAUGAUGGCAUCUUUCACUGGUGACUAUUAUACUUCGGUGCCCGAAGAAGCCGAAAGGUCGGACCAUUCAAUCAUGGAUGACGCAGACACAAUGGAAGACGACCUCCCUGCAAACCUUGAGUUUGUCGGGAGCUUCUAUAACCCGGAGCCACUGCCCUCAGAGGAGGAGCUUGGUGAUGGGAUGCUCGAUAAUGAUUUAUUCGAUCUGACUGGGCCAGAAAUACCUCGUCAAAUUGGACAAAGCACUCUACUAGAAAGCUUUGAGGAGCGGUACGAGCUCGAUUCCAGCCAGAGCGAACUCAACAUUGAGGAGAAUUACUUUGGCGCCGAAGCUGAGGCCAAGGGAAAGGCACGAAAGUGGAAUUCGGAGAGGAAGCAGUAUGGCUGGGAAAAUGAGUUUAAAGCCACUAGCCCACUGAAAGUACGAGUGCGCGACGUCCAAAUAAUCUGGCAUUUGUUCGAUGGAUACGACUGGGCUGCAACUCGUGAUGUAUUAACUGAGGCCGUGGAAAAGGUCGAGCAGAGAGCCGAAGAAAGAAGACAGCGACUGAGUACUGAAGAGGACGACGAAGUUCGAAUAGAGGAAGACUUUCUCUUCAAUUCUGUCUGGAUCAGCUUGCCUGUUGGGGAAGAAAGAGGUACUCUCGCGAAGAAGAUCAAUAGGGAAAUUGAUGAUCUCACAAGUGAGACGGGUAGCUACGCAACCUCGACAACCUCUAGGUCUACUGCUCAUCCCAGGUCUCAUAAAUCAACGCGCAAGGGCCUUCGUCUGGAACGUAGUCGACAUCACAAGAUUUCUUUUGAGCUCUCUGGAGUCUCAGCCGACAUCGUUAUCUUCCCACCAGGCACUGGCGAAACCCAAAGUUCUAUCGACCUGCGUGUAACUGACUUUGAUAUUUUCGACCAUGUACCAACGUCAACCUGGAGAAAAUUCGCCACAUACAUGAGAGAUGCUGGUGAGCGGGAGCUGGGAAGGCCGCAGAUUCAUCUAGAGAUCCUCAACGUACGACCAGUACCGACUCUAGCAGCAUCCGAGCUUGUCAUCAAAGUGUCCGUCUUGCCAAUGAGAUUGCAUGUUGACCAGGAUGCACUAGACUUUAUCACACGAUUUUUCGAAUUCAAAGAUGACUCAGCUCCGUCUAAAGAUAGCAAAACUGAAGAACCUUUCAUUCAGCGCCUCGAAGUAAACACAGUCCAGCUCAAACUUGAUUACAAACCAAAGAAAGUUGAUUACGCAGGUCUUCGUUCCGGACGCUCAACGGAAUUCAUGAACUUUUUCAUAUUGGAUGCUUCCGAUAUCGUACUUCGUCAUUGUAUAUUGUACGGCAUCAGUGGUUUUGAUAAAGUACACGACAUGCUCAAUGACGUAUGGAUGCCAGACGUCAAGCGCAACCAACUUCCAGGUGUUCUUGCUGGCCUUGCACCUGUUCGUCCUCUGGUCAACGUAGGUAGUGGAGUACGCGACCUGAUCGUCAUUCCGAUGCGUGAGUAUAGGAAAAACGGACGCAUAGUCCGAAGUAUCCAGAAGGGUGCUGUGGCCUUCGCAAAAACCACUACAACAGAACUUGCACGCCUUGGAGCGAGAAUGGCUAUCGGAACACAGAACGUACUCCAGGGCGCAGAGGGUCUCCUGUCUCCGGCGACCACAUCUGCGUCACCGUCUCGCAACGAAGACUGGGAGGACUUAGCAGGCUCACCUUCAUCAUCUGAUUCACCACCUCGGGCCGUGUCGAGCUACGCCGAUCAACCACUAGGAGUCAUGGCUGGCUUAAGAGGUGCUGCUCGCUCCCUAGAACGUGAUCUUCUUACUGCCAGAGAUGCCAUUAUCGCUAUUCCUGGAGAGGUUAUGGAAAGUAGUAGUCCUGGGGGUGCAGCUUUAGCCGUUGCAAGAAGAGCGCCAACUGUGAUUCUCAGACCAGCUAGCGGUGCGAUGAAAGCUGUUGGUAUGGCUCUGCAUGGAGUUGGGAACGAGAUUGACCGCGAGGGUCGGCGACGGGUAGCCGAUAAAUACAAGCGAUAUUAAGAUUCUCACGUCACAGAGGAUGCUGCCUGUAC